AUGGCCGAACACCCCCACAUGCUCAGCGCCGAGCCCAUCGAAAUCGACUACGAGGCCUUGCCAGAUGACGCCAGCAUAGCAGCCCACCUUCUGGCCGGAGCGUUUGCCGGCAUCAUGGAGCACACCGUCAUGUUCCCGAUCGACCUGAUCAAAACGAGAAUGCAGAUGAUUGCGCUGGGCCAGCCCUUGAGCAAGUCUGUCAUUGGUUCCAUCUCCAAGAUCUCCAGCCUGGAAGGUGCCUACGCCUUGUGGCGAGGAGUUUCUUCGGUUGUUUUGGGCGCCGGUCCGGCCCACGCUGUGUAUUUCUCUGUUUUCGAGGCCACCAAGACCAUGUUGGUGAACCGCUUGACCGACCAGAAAUCCACCAAAAUCGUCACCGACGAGUCCCACCCAUUGAUUGCGUCGGGCGCCGGUAUAGCCGCCACCGUGGCCUCGGACGCCUUGAUGACGCCGUUUGACGUGUUGAAGCAGAGAAUGCAGUUGGGUACCUCCACCACGGCAGCGUCGCAGUCCCAAUCCGCCAAACUAAUGAAAACAGCCGCCCAGAUCUACCGCCAGGAAGGCUUGUCGGCGUUCUUCAUCUCAUACCCCACCACGCUCUUCACCAACAUCCCGUUUGCCGCCUUGAACUUUGGCUUCUACGAGUACCUGUCGCAGUUGUUGAACCCAGACAACAAGUACAACCCAUACUACCACUGCAUCUCGGGCGGUAUUGCCGGAGGUAUCGCCGCCGCCUUGACCAACCCGUUGGACUGUAUCAAGACGGCGUUGCAGACCCGAGGCGUGUCGCAGAACGAGCUGUUGCGUUCCAUCAACGGCUUUGUCUCGGCCUCCAAGGCCUUGUUGAAGCAGGGCGGCAUGGGCGCUUUUGCCCGUGGCAUCAAGCCCAGGAUCAUCUUCAACGUGCCGGCCACCGCCAUCUCCUGGACCGCCUAUGAGAUGGCCAAGGAGGUCUUGUUGAGAGACUAA